UACCAUGACAGUCGUAACAUCCAAGGGCAGUCCACGCUAAGCAACAGAAGCUCCAAAAAAGAGGCGAUGGUGGCGGUGGUGAUAAGACUGUUUGUAGUGCAACAGGCGAACCGCCUGGCAAUAGGACAUCCUAACCAAUCAAUCAUCCAACGAAGCCAACCGUGGAGGCAUCAACAUCAACUAUCAAUCGAGAGAAGAGGAAGAUUCAUUCUUCCACUUUGAAUAUGUUCCACACAAGCGACACCAAGAUGAUAGGGUCAGCAUCUCGGUUGAAUUCUGGCAAGUCCUCUUCAUCUCUCACUUUCUACGACUUCGACUUGAACAGUGAACUGCAUGAAGCUGCUCCACCUGCCGCACAGGUCGAGUCCACUGAACCAGAGAGAAGGAAAGUCAGUUGGUACAUGGUCGCCGCAUCCGCAUUGGGAACGAGCCUCAUUAUUGGCUACCUUCUGCUCGAAGGCUUCGGUCCGGCCAUCGGAGCCUUAGAAAUGCUGGACGAUGAAAAAAGCGACAACGCUUUUGCUUCGUCAACGUUGCAUAAUGGAACAAAGCUCCAACAGUUGAUAGACCAACUACAAGACCAUGAGGCCCAACGGCACGAAGAUUCCAAGGGACGCAGUACCAGUGAGAGCACAGAUAAUUUCCAGGAUGACGUCACAAGCACAGGCGACUACAGGGAUUUCACGACCGAUGAAGAACCUGUACAUACUACUCGGAAGUCAGCGACACGACACAGUCCUAAAACACCAGAAACCCUUAGCACGAAACGCUCUUCGGUGUCAACACAGAGUGCAUCCGCAGGAACACACACUCUGAGGGCCACAGAGAAAGCGGGAAGCAAACUGGCAACGGCAGCGCCAGUCACAAUUACGACGUCAACGGCAACGUUCAAGAACACAACGGCUACGCUGUCGGGCAGGAAAUACGAGCCGAAGAGAAAAACACAACUUUCACCCCUUCAAAAACGCGGUACUCAAAAGAAGUUGGAACCAACGUCCAAUUCGACCGUUCGGGGACGUAUCAACGUGUCAACAGCAGACUUUACACCCAUGAAGAGCUCCGCAAACAAGGGACGCGUGAAGGAUAGCCAAGCAUGGAAAACCUCAUCCGCGACACGGGACGCUUAGCGAUCGGGGCGACGGACAAUGAUAAGACGGAAUAUUAAUCAACGAAGAUUCAUCACGGGUGUAGCCUCGUGGCACAUUGGUGACUUACAACCUCAUUGCUUCAAUAGCUGCUUCUGACGUUGCGGAAUAACUGCACCGUUGGAUAGGAACACAUUCUUCGCUCACACGUUGUGAUAAGAAUAAAUAGCUUUUUUUUUCUUA